CCUGCCCCUGCCCCUGCCCCUGCCCCUCUGGCUGCUGGUAGGGAACUGCCAGCCUGGCCUCUGCCCUGGGCUUUAUAAGGGCCAGGCCCUGCCUCCUACAGGCAGCUGGCUCUCCUUAGUUGCCCUGGCAACCCGCAGCUGUGCUCGUUACCCUGGCAACCCUCAGCUGGGCUCGUUAUGUCAUGCCAGGGCUCUUUCUCUCUCCCUGGCAGUUUCUCCUCUCUAGGAGCAGGAGCACCAAGGUGCCCCGCGACAUCAUUUUUUAAACCUAUAUAUUUUUCCAAAAAUACAGUAGACCAAAUUUUCAUUCCGGGGACUAGUAACUGAUUUGCAAAGCUAAAUGAAGUGAGAAUUUAAUGCACAUGGAACACUCUAGUUGGAGCUGAUUGAAUAAUACUAAAAAAUGUUAAUAUAUUUUAGUAUGUAAAUGAUUAACAUUGCUGAGCAGCUAUUCACAGUGUCAUGAAAUUGCUUGAAUACAUUAAAAGUACUGUUUUUUAUAAGAAUGUUGGAGCUCCAAGAGUUUAAACAGAUGCUCAGUAGAAAAUCUAAAGAAAUUAGUGCAGGCUAUUUAUUUCUUGCCUAAAACAUUUGUUAUCCAAGUGAUGAUAGCUGGUUGGACGGAAUGCCAAUAAUACACUCCUAAUAGCAAGCUGUCAAAGUGAACAAAAUGUGUAUGCAUUUGUUUUUUGCACAAAGAUGUGGGGUGUUUGCUAAGCAGUCUUUGUCUGGAGAGGGCCAGUGAAGAUAUUUGCAUCUUCUUCUGCUUUUCUGUUCAUAAGAAGUUGUCUAAGUUAAAACUUCCUGUAUUCUGUGGAAGCUCUCAAAAAAUGUUCUUGGAAAUUAGCUUUUUGAGAGAGUGUUUUUCUCUUCAGCAUUAUGAGUUGUGCAACGCUGUCUUUCAUUCGCUCCCUGUUCCCUGCUGUACUUAGGACUACUGUCUGAGUUCAAGGGGGCUGCGCUCUUAAAAUUUGGUUGCAAACAACUGUUUCUGAAUUAUAAUUUAGAGCAGUAGUGCUCAACCUUUUUUGCCUUGUGAGCCAGAUGAGUGCUGCCCAGUCCAUCCCCGGGCCAGAUCCACCUGGUGGUCCCUAUCCGGUGCCCAGAGCAGGUGUAAUGAGUCCCCAUCUGACCUUGUGCGGGGGGAGGGGAAGCCUUGAUCCAACUGUGUGGGGUAGGGGCAUGGCCCAGAUCUGAUCCAGCCAUGUAGGAAGGAGCUGUGUGUGGCCUGUGGACCAGAGGUUGAGCUCCCCUGAUUUUGAGUAUUGGUGUAUGGGCCAGCAUAGGUCACCAGAUGUGAGACAUCAAGUUUUUAGUAUUGGUUUGUAAGUGUGAAGACCUCUAAGAUGCAUCAGAAAUGUUGUGUGACAAGUGGAAGAUAUAUACCAGGGAAGUUUUUUUUCACUGUUAUGCUAGAUGCCAAGGGAAGUGCAGUUUCUAUUAGAACCUAACACCAGAUUGAUAGUUCCUUGAUGGCUUCCCUUAGCUUUUCAUCAAACCAAAGAAUCAUCAAGAAGCUUUGGAACUGUCUUCCUCAUAAACUGGACUACAAAAAUGGUUUUAUGCUCUAACUGCUCUAGAGCACAGAGAUGUCUCAGUAGCUGAUGAGAAUCACUGUUAAAAGAUGGUUACCUUCAGGAAGCCAACCUAUUUCAAAUCAAUACUGAUCAGAAAAACCUCCAGGCUCAGAGGCUGCAUGUGGUCACAGGAUCUGCUCAGAGACCAGUUUUCAGCAGUAGCUAGGGUUUCAGCUUUUUGGUUAAGCAGGAAAGGGCAGGUGCAUGAGCUGAAGACUAGGCUCUAGCCUUAUUCUUAUUCCAGCCAUAAAUGGGAAAAGUCUCUUUUGCUUCACUCUGCCUUCCCAAAAACAAGGUGCAUGCCUUAUUUGGGAGCUUAUAUGGUAUGCAAGAAAACAGGGUACUGUUGUUGUAACCUGAAGUGCUUUAUGGGCUUUCCUGAAAAAUGUUGGAGUAUGCUGGACUUUACUUGUAUGUGCAUAGGAUAAGUGCAUAAUUAACUUAAUUAUACAAUAUGAUACCAAUUCUGACUUUUUGCCUAUUGCUUCCACUGUAACAAACAUUGCUUAAAUGCAUGAACUGCUUAAGUACAUAGGAACUCUUCAGCCUUUCUGUUUACUUUGCAAUGUAAUUGUAUGUAAUUGGUUAUGCCUACUUGUACAUAAUUGGUGACACUGAGUAGGAGCUAUCAAUUUCAAGGCUUUAGAAAACAGCUUUGUACUGUCAAUUUCAAGUCAACUAUUAGAGGUGUAUCUGUUCUGAGAAGCAGAUUAAGGAGCUCUACUGAGAUGCAAAAAAGCUUUGUGCAGAGUCCUCUUGUACUCAGUAAGCAUUAUUAGUGAGAAAUUGGUAAGAACCCAUUUAAAAUAUUGUGUGUAGUUCUGGUCACUAAGCUUAAAAAAUAAAUUGGAAUAGUUUCAAAGAAGGACCUUUAGGAUUUUUAAAGGAAUGGAAACUUAAGUAGGAAAGGAAGGUGUAGGCCUAUAUAGCUUAACAAAAAAGUUUGGUAAGGGAUAUGAUUAUCCUUUACACGCAUUUGUCGGAUGUAUAUUGGGGAAGGAGAAAAGCUUUUUAGAUUGAUAAUGGGUUUGAAUCACAUCUCUGAUAGUUAUGCCCAGCCCCAGUUUCUUCUCUAGCAAUACUGGAGUUACUCAAAUUCCAUAUUCCCCUCUGGUGAAACUGAAUAACAUGGAAUUCCAUUGAUGAUCCCAUUGCAAGACUUGAACCUCUGACAAAAAACUUAGCCUAAAUAAUUCCCUUUCAGCUUCUUACAGGCUGUUGUGUGUGUGUUUUGGUGAUAAAGCAGUUAGCUCUCAAGUUGUUUUUGAGUUUUACCAACUGGAAAAAUCAUUGGGUAGUCCAAAGAUAGUUUUUAAAAAGAAGGGAAAGAAACCACUCUGUGACUUCUCAUUUCUCUUACUGCAGGUGGAAAAGUAUGCCUUGAGUGGAAAAUCCUUCAUUAAAGUAGGUGCUAAUUUUGUUUAGAUUAGUUUCAGUAUUGAUGGCAGAAGGGAGAAAGCAGUUUGCAGAAUUGCUUGGUAGUUGUUGCCUACAACUGUGGUUACUACGAGACUUGUAAAUAUCUGUAAGUAGAUAACAAAAUUUAAGGCAGAAGUGAAUUUUUAAAAAUAUAUUUUAAAAUUUGAUGUAGCUUAUAGUAUUAAGAUAUUUGGAAAAAUUGUGCUGUUGCAUUUUUACAGUGCCCUAAAUCAAAGGACUCUCAAACUAUUUUGCAAACAUUAAGGAAUUAUUCCUCACAACAGAGUACAGAAAUUGAGGCCAACAGUUUACAAACAUGCUUAAAAUUGGACACCCAAAUCCAUUUAGGUCCUGGGAUAAAGGUGACUGGAUUGUCAGAGGUGUUAAUGUCUUCUGUCUCUAAUAAAUGGAUAAAUUACAAGUAUAAAUCUAACAUAUCCAUACAAAUGUCGUUCUCUUUCUGUCACCAAUGCUGAGAGGAGAUCCUAAUCCCACAGAAGUCAAUAGUCAACAUCCACUUAUUUUAAUGGGGCAAGAUAGGGCCCCUUUCUAGGAAAUUAUCUUCUCAUUUAUUGAAUGAUUGAGGUCAGUGAGAGGUUUGCAACUAUUUAAUUGGAUUUUAUUGAUUAAUAUCAGUCUUGGUAUCAUUGUAGCCUACGAGCUUUGAAUUCCAGAUACUGUGUAAACAGGAGCAUCUAAAAAUAUUGAUCUUGGAGUUAUGGAUUAUGUUGUAUUGUAUGAUUUUACAGAACCAAGCACAGUGGACUUCAACCCAACUGUAAUAGAAAAAAACAUUAUUAACUGCAGUCAGAUGGAUAUUGAGAAUAUUAGAAUAAAACCUAUUCUUCAGCAGAAUUAUCUGUACAAAACAUGAAAGUAAGAAACAAAUUCUAAAGAAAAUAUGACACACACCUAACGUGAACAUAACGUGAGUGGUUUGAAAGAGAAAGCAGGACAUUUUUUUAACUUGACUUCCUGAUCUCAAUUGAUAAGGAGUAGCUUGUAGGAGAAACACAGUACUUGCAUUUAAAAUUUUGCACUUGAAACCUGCUUGUACUGUAAAGACUGGCUUUCCUUUAGUUUCAGUUUUUGGAACAUUUCAGCUACAUAACUCUUGGUUUUUAUAACCAGGAAGUCCUACAAAAUUCAGGUUUAGUAAGAAACAGAAUCUCACAGCUGAUUUUUUUUUUUUUUUUUUAAUGUUGUAAAAUUAUUUUUGUAUAUUUCAAUAUCUUCUUGCCAACCUAUUUUACUAACUUUAUUUAUUUACAUCAGUUUAACUGAAUACAUUCACUGGAUUUGAUUUCCUAAUGAAGUGAACUGAACAGGAUCCAGAAUAUAACAGUGCUAAAGCUGUAGAUAUGUCUGCAAUAUGUAACAAAAGCCUGUCUUCAGCCACAGUUUCAGAACCAACUUUUUCAGUGGGGACUUCGGCAUUUCUAGGUAUUCUUAUGGCAAUAGUAAUCCUUAUUACAGUCCUUGGAAAUGCCUUGGUCAUCCUGGCUUUUGUUGUGGACAAAAAUCUGAGACAUCGGAGUAAUUAUUUCUUUCUUAAUCUUGCGAUUUCUGAUUUUAUAGUAGGUGCAUUCUGCAUCCCUCUAUAUAUCCCGUACAUCCUGACAGGCAAGUGGCCAUUUGGAAGAGGCCUCUGCAAACUCUGGCUUGUUGUUGAUUAUCUAAUGUGCACAGCUUCGGUAUUUAACAUUGUCCUGAUCAGCUAUGAUCGGUUUCUGUCAGUUACUAAAGCUGUGUCUUACAGAAUUAACCCAGGAAUUACAUCAAAGGCUAUUGCAAUGAUGGUGGCAAUAUGGGUGUUUGCAUUCUUACUCUAUGGCCCAGCAAUUAUCAUUUGGGAAUAUGUGGUUGGCUGCAGCAUUGUACCUGAUAAGAAAUGUUAUGCUGAAUUCAUCUACAACUGGCAUCUUCUUUUGGGCGCUUCAAUCUUUGAGUUCUUCACACCUUUAAUCUUAGUGGCCUAUUUCAAUAUACAAAUCUUCCGCAGCAUCCAAAAUCGCCUGACAACAAUUCCUCAAGAGCUUUCUGAGUCUCCAAAGAGCAAGAGCCAAGUACGGAGGCUUUGGUGCUUGUUGAAGGAAGACGCAUCUUUUUCUGAUUCUGAAACAGAGAAGAGUUGUUCUACUUCAGGGUCACAGAGGCACUUGUCAACAUCUGACAGACCAAGACCAUCACACUUACAUUCCCAUACUUGUGAAACGGAUCCUAUAGGAUCUUUCAAAGUAAAGACUAGCCACAAACUGCAAAGAGACAAAAAAAUUGCAAAGUCACUUGCCAUAAUUGUUUGCAUCUUUGUCAUUUGCUGGGCACCAUAUUCAUUGCUCAUUAUUAUUUUUGCAGCCUGCGAUGGAAAUUGCAUCAAACCAUACUUGUAUGAAAUUUCAUUUUGGCUUUUGUGGCUCAAUUCUUCUGUGAAUCCUUUUCUCUAUCCUCUCUGUCAUGUUAAGUUUCGGAACGCUUUCAGAAAAAUAUUGUGCCCCUACAAGCGUGCAGAAUCGUCGCCACGGCCAUCAGUUUCUUUUUAAGAAGCAAUACUAAGAGAUUCGUAGAAGGUCCCCUUAUUGAUUUUAGUUAAACUUGUACUAUCUCCGGUAAUACUGUAGAUACAUAUUUUUAUUGAGGGCAUUAGUUAAUACAAUAAAUGUGUGAAUUUGCCAUGAGUUCAGUAAUUUUCAGGACACCAAUUACAAUGUACUUCCUACACAAUGAAAAUUAUUUGUAUUUGUAGUAGGUCAGAAUGAUCAUAAAUUCCUCAGACUAAUCGAAUUUCCAAAAUGUUUGUGGUUUCAGUGAUGAAUUUCAAAAAUCUGGUAAUAAAUUUAUCAGUGAUCAGACAUAACUCCUUUGAAUUCAAUGUAGGUUCUUCGUUUUAUACUGGCAAUCAAAUAGAGGUUGGUAAAUCAGUAUGAAAGCAAGAAGCAAACAUCAGACAGAUGUGGAAUACAGUGUAUUUCCAUGUUAUUUUGUCCAUUUUUAUUUGGUUUUUAAUGUUAUGCCAUUACUUGUAUUAUUAUAACAUUAUUUACAUAAUAUUUUUAAAAGGCUCUUCGAGCUUCUAGGCAUCUCCACAAAGAAACCUCAGGACUGGUUUGUUGAGAGUAAUAAGGACAUUUAAGCUCUCAUUAACAGAAAAAUCUCCUUUUUCUGCUUUCCAUUUUCAAAGUUUGGCAGAAUGACAUCAACUCCAAACAGAAGCAAGACACUUACUGCCACAUUAAAGCUGAUACCCAGAGUAAAAUCUGAGAGCAAAACAAGUGGUGGGAGGACAAAGCAAAAGAGAUAUAAAAGUUUGCUGACAGCCACAACAUGUGUAGUUUCUUCAGUGCAACCAAAGCUACCUAUGGGCCAGGCACACAAAGGGACUUACAUGUGAGUUCUGAGGAUGGAACAACACUGUGCAUGGAUGGUGGAGCUCUCUUUACAUAGUGGAAAGAACAUGUUCAAGAGGUUCUGAACUGAUCUUCUAAUGUCAAAGAUAAGACCACCAAAGCCAUUCCACUGCACCCAAUUAAGGACAACCUUACAGAUUCACCAGGCUAUCAAGAGGCCUUGAAAGCCAUUGAGCAGGCUGUCAUUCUUGAAUCAAAGGAUUGCUGCUGCCGCUGCUGCUGCUGCUGCUGCUGUCAAUUUAGAGUUUCCAUUUAGUAAUGGAUGUUGAUUGUCCAUUGGGAUAUCCCCAUUAAGAGCAUUAUGAUAUGAAGCCUUGUACCUAUCCAAUAUUAUAUAGAUAUUUACUAAGAGUUGCUGGAAAUAUUUAAAGUGGACCACCAGACUGGUGGACCAGAAGGUCCUGCUAAGUGGUGUGCAGAUUACUCCAGACUUUCCCUUUUCAAUUAAAAUUUGAAGAUGAGAAUGCAAAGUGAACUAUACCUAAUUUUAAGAGUUGACAGUAGUCUUCUGGUCCAAAAUGGUUGGAAACCACUGAUCUAAAGCAUGGCAGAGAAUAAAACAUAAGCGUGUACUAUAACCAGCUGUCUUCUUUAAUUGACACAUUUAUCGUUUUUUCACAAAGAUUAGCUCUGAUUCAUUUCAAGAUGUUUUUUUAAAUUGAAAAAAGAUACUUCCCUGAACAAAGAAAUGCUUUUGCUUUGGCAUUGGGGCAAACAAAUGUUGGUAAGCAAUGCUUUUGAAAAUGUGAAGAGCUCAACAUGUUUAGUUUAUCAAAAAGAUGAAUGAGUGACUUGAUUGGGGUGUAAAAUGACUUUUCUGUGGUGCAGGUACAGGGCAGUAAAGGGUUAAUCUCCCUCUGAGGCCUUCACAUUGAGAGUGGAAGGCAUGUUUUAGUCCGUAGCUAGUGGAAUCCACAAUCCCCAGUCAAGCACUUGGUCUCCAUGGACAGUGUCUAAGGGUAGAAUUCACUGAGGUCAGCAAAGUGUGGAGCUGUCUAAAUUAGCCAAAAGAAAAUGGCUAGAAGGCUAGUGUUCAAGCUCCUUCCUCUCAGGGAGUUAGGCAUCUAAGUUUGAGGUGAAGAAAGAAGCUUCCUUCCUUCUGAGAUAAGAGCUGUGCUUUCUCUUUUAGUCAGUUCAAAACUUAAAAAAAAACCAAACGGAGGUAGAGAAGGUAUCUCUCUCUCUCAUAUCCAGUAUCCUACUGGUUAGAGUGCAGGCUUAGGAUGUGGAAUUCCCAGAUCCAAAUCACUCUUCUGUCUGAUUUGGAAAAGGAAUCUGAAUCCAGGUUUGCCUCCCAAAUGGUCACUUCACCCACAAGGUUCUAAACUACUUUGGCGUGAGUCUUUCUUAAUCUCUCCUGGGACAGACAAGGACUCUAUACACGAUCUGGGAGACCUUGCCCUCACGAAUACUUAAGCAUUGUGUACCAAGAACAAAUUCAAAGGAGAGACUUAGAGAAACUGACCCCAGACUGUCAGAUUUCUGGUACUGGAGUUCUAUUGAGAGAAUGCAUAUUUUGUGAAUCCUAUCACAGUUAGGUGCUGUAAGGAGUGGGGCAACUGCAUAUACGCAACAGCCAAAAUAUAGGGUACAAGCACAUUAUCAUAAGCUAAAGGUAGGCAGAGCUUUACCAACAUGUCACCUGCUCUGUGUUAGUGGCUUGUGUGCAUGCUUUCACCCUGCAGUAAAUGAAAGCCAAACUCACAGCAGUUUAUCACAUUUCCUCUGAGGACAAGUUGUAGCAGGUUUAACUUUCACUUACCUGGGGGUAAAAGCAAGUACACAGGCAACUAUUGCAGACCAGUUGAUGCAUUGUAAAGCCAUCCCUAUUUUAAUUCAUAGCUUGUGCACGCAUGUCCCUAGGAACACUUUGGGUUAGUGGCUGUAUGGUACUCAUCAGAAUUGUAGAGUAGCAGUUAGGUACCGCAGUCUCUCUGUGGACCCCAUGUCUUUUUGUUUGUGCUGCUAAGUGUUUAGCAUGUUGGGUGCUAUGAAAAUAAUAACUAUAAUGCGGUUCAGUUCCCAGGUUUUACCACCAGCAGAUAGUCACAGACCAAUAUUGCUGGUUCAGUAGGUUGGGAUGGUACUUACUGCCACCUUCUUCUAUCACUUCCCACUGUUUGUUUGUUUUAUUGUCAGUUGAGAGAAAUAAGCAGGAGACUUUUAGCCAAGAAGUAGGGCAGUUGAGGGAAUUCCCAAGAGAGAAAAAGAUAGUUGCUUUUUGAGUUUUAUUGCUCACUCUUCAGGAAGGCAAAAGACUUACUGGCUGCAGGAGCAAUGGAGCAAACUCACUGGAGUCCUCCAGUGCUACUAGAGAUCAAGGUCUGGUCAAAAUAAUCAGGGUCCCUUGCAAGGUCAGUUGAGCAGGCCCCAUUAGGGCCUAAUAGUCAAGCUGUGAUACUCUCCCUCUGACUGGCCAGUAUGUUUAACAGGGUGAGUAGUAAGAGGGACAGCAGAAUAGUGGUGUGGUUAGAAUAGGUGGGUUUGUUUGUAGAGAGAGUUAGCAAAAGGGGAAUAAUGGCUGGAAGUUUCUUGUUAAACAAGAAAAGAGAAAUAGGCUGUAGGCUUCAGCUAGGGCUAGAAUAAAGCAGAAGGUCUUUUGGAUAGGGAACUGUGCUGGGGAGGCCUACUUUCUGUCUGCAGUGGCUCUGUGGAGGAAAUUUUUGCGUAGAUAUGAUGGAGAGAAAACAGGGUGAUACCAUGCUUAUGGCAAAUUUCAAGCAACAUUUCUUAUGUGAUCUUGGGCAUUAUAAGUUGUCUGUGAACCAUCAAAUCCAGGAGUCUUUUACAUAAGAGUCUUGUACAUUUGGUAGGUAAGAAUGAGCAUGGAACUUGUUUUACCUCCUUAUUAAAAAAUACCCUGUCCCAAACUCAAAAUAACAAAGAGUAAAAAGAAUGUGGGAGGCAUGAUGGUCUAGGAAAUGUGUGAGAAACAAGGAUUUUUAUGCGUAAUAUCUUACUCAACCAACUGCAAGUCAAAAGCAUUGCAUUCAAUAGCUUAAGUUUAUCUCAACCAUGCAGUUGGUCCAACAAAAGAUAUCACUCACAGAAAUCCUUUCUUCUCAAAGGAGUAAAAUAAUUUUUAAUAGUUCAAAGUAGGAUUAGCAAGCUGGUCAGUUGACUACAUGUUUUUUGAAUGGUCAAAGAUUAUAGCAAUUUUACAAAAAAAAUUCUUUUGUAGUUUUCUUGACAGAAAUAUGACUUUUUUUUAUUGUUUCUUGACACAUUUCUUAAUGGAAAAUUUGUAGCAUAACUAGGGUGGGGUGACUGGUGCAGCUGCCCCAGGUGCCAAUUAGGUGUGUGGGGAGGGUAGAAAAAAAUGCUGCUGCUGCACAUUUGAAGUUGAAAAAUAAUUUCAGAGAAAAAUGAUGGGCACAAUCCUAAAAACAAAGACAUUCUUCUGUAUAGAAUGAAAGCCAGAACUGUUUUUCAAGCUAGCUUUUCUGAUCUCAGUAAAAAAGGAUCAGCCAGAAGAAGAGUCAUGGACAGCCUCUUAAAAUAUGGACUUGAAAACCCUGCAUGCAGUUCUUGGUGACUCUUUUACAGUUUGAAUUUUUUUAGGGCAUGCCUUUCACUUUUGGAAUCAGGAAAUCUUACAAAACAGAGCUGCAUUCUCAAAGUAGUGCUGAAACUCCCUAAAAGUAUGUGGAAAAAUAAAAUAAUGUGGUGGAAACUGUUAAGCACUUUAGCAACCUGUUAGAUCUUAGAAAUGUAUCAGAAAGAGAAUACAUUCUGUAUAUGUUGCAGGUGUCCUUAUCUAUUGUAUUAGAUUACCUGCUGACUUAGUCGAGCCAGUCAGUAUUCUACAUUACAGUCCUGUGUGUCUUUGCUUAUUUAAGAGCAUAAAAAAUCUUGUCUGCCUAUGCGAAGAACAGGCACUUACAGUUACUUCAGUGAUUUGAUGAUUAUAUGGGCGUGUAAUUUUUUAGAUAAGCAUUAAGAUUAAAUGAUAAGAUCAGAAGUUAAUUUCUGGAUGAUUAUGGUGUAACCUUAUCCGCUAUUCAGAGGCCUGAGGCUGAUGAUCCUGAGCCUUGGGGACUCUUUACACCUUACCUUGUAAGCCACACAAAUCUUAAUUGGCUUAGUGGAGCAGUCACACGGCAUGAAAAACUACAUCUGACUGUCCUUCACCUGCACAGCUGUGCCUUGCCACUAGAGGCUUGGUGAGCAGGGACAAGAGCCUAUGUUAAAUGUUUCUUAGUGCACAUCAAGUCAUUGCUGUCAGCUACUGUGUCUUCACCUUUUGUGGGUUUUUUUGGUCUGUUGUGGAAGAGGAGGAAACAGAAUUGAGGUAGUCAGAGAAUGAAAAAGUUUGCUCUGGGUGAUAAAGGUUUGGCCCUUUGAUUGUAUUGGCAUGUCCAAAUUCUUACUUUGAUUGUAAUGAACAGCCAAUGUCAAUAAAUAUGCUAGGGGCAGGACCAGCUCAUUACUCCAGCUGGACAAAGCAAGUACCACAGCCCUGGAGCACCCAGCAACUAUUGUGCCUCACGUAGCCAAUCAGACUGGCUUGCUGCUUGAAAUCUUUUGUUAUUCUGAAGCAUACCCCGCCCCCCCCGUGCCACCCCUGCCCAGGAUGCUGGCUGCCAUCCAGGGGCGAUGCGUGGGUGGGCACACAGGUGCAUGUGCACCCCCUGAGCGUGGCAGUGCACCCCUACAACAGUGUCGGCGCCUGUGGGUGGACGCCACUUGCCACCCCGUUGUUGACACUAGUAGCAGCAUCUGCAGGCGGUCAGUGAUCGCAGCUGGCAACCACUGAUUCUGCCAGCAGCGCCUGCGGGUGGUCACUGACCCCUGGUCGGCACUGACCCCUGCCUCCAUUUCCCACUGACAGCGCUGGUGGUGUCUGUGGGAGCUCUGUGCUUACUGCCACCAUGCUCCUGCUGCCCAGCCACCGGAGGCACAUGUUCAUGCCACCACCUGAGCUCCAAGGGACCUGAUCCUUUUUUUUCUCUGGAACUUUUUUUCCCCCCCUCCUUCAUCCCUCUUCCACCAUUGGUAGGAGCAGUGAGCUGAUUCAGGUGGUGGCAGGAGGUGCCAUGGCUGCUUGCUACUGUGGGCUGUGUCGCUUGCUCUGCCCACUGUCUCUAGGGGUUGAAGCACUGUGCCCAGCUCUGCUGAACCCCAGCAUCCCCACUCACCCUAGGGUGCUGGAGCACUUCAACUUCAGUGGAAUAGCUAAAUUGAAGGGAGUGGCUACACCUUAAUGGAACAGGAGCAAAAUUAGAUGGAUUAGAGAAAAUCCUGCCCUGGAGUGGUGUAACUUUAGGCUGAAUAACAAGUGCUUUAAAUCACUUAAAGGUGUUAACAUGCAGCUAAUCCAGGGGCUAAGAAAUCCAGAAGCCACCUAAACUUACCAUGUAACAAGGCACUUUUUUCUUUUGGGCCUGAUGAGUAUAGUGACCCUGAGACAUGCACCAUAUAACUUCUAUUAUAGAAUGGAAUUGGUACAUAUACCUAUUCAUUUUAAACAACAGUAUUGUACUGCUAUGUUUGAAUGUACUGAAUACACCUAAAAGAAACAAGUCUUCGUGGAGCACAGGAUUUUGUUUUAAAUAUGCACAAAAUAAAGCAGCAUUUUAAGGAUUACUUAAAUUUUCCUCAAAGUUAUGUUCUUAGCACAUGUGCUGUUUGGGAGAGGUUUUCAGCUCCUGGGAUCAGCUGCAGACCUCUCUUUAAUGUCUUAGAUUACCUUUGUGGUCUCAGAUUUCUGCUCAUGUCGCUAUUGGGCUAGGAAUACUGUUAAGAAAUAUGUAUUCCAUCCACUGGGGAGAAGGGAAAGCUUUUCAGUGUUCAGGAACAAAGUUGCUGGCCAAAGAAGGUGCAAUCCUAGUGUUCUUCCAGGAGGGGUGACUAACAGGAAAGUUCAGAGAGCAGUAUGGGAAUAUGUGAAAUUUUCCAACUGGUAUAUGUGGCUCCUAAGUGUUUAAUUUGUGCUUAACUUUAUACUUUAUACCAAAUUUAUAACAUGAACAGAGAAAUGUCACCUCCAGCAGUCACAUUAACAUCAAUUAAAUAAUUAUUUAUUACAAAUUGGACACAAAUUCCAUACUCUGUAGAUAAUGUUGAAAUGUGUUGUCAAUAUACCAAAGAGUAUGGAUUUUAAAGAAACCGCCAUACUGGGUGAAACACUUGGCGAGCUCUGCACAACCAUUGAAGCACUGUUGCUGGGCAGGAAGCAGGAUGAAAAUCUUUCUUAUUAAAAUAAAUUAAAAGUUUUGAGGGUUUCUAAAAAAAUAUAUAUAACCCUUAAAUGUGUUUCCUAAGCAAAUGGUUUGAUUUUUUUCAAAAGAUACUGAUGGAGCAGCAUGAAGCUUCUGCUCCUGAGUUCAGUGCAUUUAUACAUGACUCUUGUAUGUUCCAGUGGAUCUCAACGGUAUAUGCAGUAGCAUAACUUGGGAAGGGGGUGAUGGAGGAAGCAGCCCUGGGUACCAACUUUGUGUGUGUGGGGGGAGUGGAGGUGUUGGGACAGGAUGGGACACAAAAGCAGCCAAUGCUGCUGUAGCAGUGAUUGACUUCACCACCACAAUAGGCAUGGCAGGAGUCAGUGCUGCCCUGGGUACCAGGCAGCUGCACCAGGCUUGGAGUUGUGCUGCUGUGCCUCUGGGUAUAUGCUCAACUGCUUUGAGAAAGAGACCCCAAUUUAGGAGGCAAAAUCUGGAUUUAAAGCAGGGAAAUUGCUAUUUUAUUGCUGAUGCUGUUGAAAUUUGGAAGGAACUGAGUGAGACCUUGAAAAGAGAAAUAUGUAAUGUGUAGCAAACCCCCCAGUUUUUCUUUUUUUUAAUUUUAAAAUGCAUUCCCUCCCCUUUCCCCAACCAUUUCUGACUUUUUCUCUCCCUCUCUAUUCCCUAUAGAUAAGUAUAAGUGAGCUCAGACUUAGGAUAAGCUUUAAACAUUUUUAUUUUGGUAGCAAGUUUUGGGUUUUGGAUAUCCACCAGUUUAUAUUGUAUAAUUAUUAGGUUUGUAUUGAUUCUUACUGUUGUAUUAUUAUCAUUUUCAUAUUGAUUUUUAUUGUUUCAUAUGGAUAUUGUAUAGUUUAGGCCUGUGUUUGUAAGUGAACCAAAGUCAUGUCAAGUUUCCAUUUUAUAUGUCAAGCCUCCAUCUUGUGUCCUCUGUCUGGGCAUCCCCUGUGUCGCAACUGUAUGAGUCAUGUAUCCCUCCCAUGUAAAUUGGUUCCUGGAUGAAUCAGAAUGAUUGGGAAUGAUUGAAAUACAAUGGUAGCAGGCCUCUACUGAAUGGCCUGUAAUGACUGGGCCAUCACCUUGCAUUGAUUCACCCAGGAACCACAGACCUCAUCCAGGAACAGAAACAAGACCAGCAUAUGAAAGACAAAAGACCCUGCAAAACCAGCAACUCUCACCAUUACAGACACCAGAAACUGCACAUCCCUGCAUGGAGCACACAUGCUCAGUACACCAGGGGCUGACCCUUGCCUGAACAUGCCUCCUGUCACUAGGGUCACAAAAGGUCUGCCCCUAUAAAAAGAGGCAGUGAAGACAGACCCAGUGGGAUGCCCUCUCCAUCUGGACCAGCACCAUGCCACACCACCUAUCCACCCAGAAGCCCUGCUGGCGACCCCCCUCUGGACAACAUCUACUGGACAAGGACCCCUUUCCAGCCUGGAUAGGUAGAUAUUACCUGCACACCUCCUCCUACAAUUUGGACUCUCUCUCAUUUGUCUCUCCUCCUGGACUUCAGUGGACUUCAGCCCCUGCACCAAGCCUCUCUAACCCCUGCUGCCAUUGUGGGUGUGUGUGUAUGGGUGCAAGGGAACCAAUUUAACAUUGUGUCACCAUCUCCCCUGUUCAAUAAAACCACUGUCAUUUGCAA